UGGCUUGGUGUCUGUUUCAGUCAAUCUCUUCUUCCACAGAGAAGACUAUUAAAGAGUGAGCGAGAUCUCUGUCGCCUUCUCUUUCGCUUUGAUUAAUCGAUCUCGUUGCUCUUGUUGCUCAGAGAUAAGAGAGAGUGAGAAAUUGAGCUUUCUGGUUCUUUUGAGCAAGAGGUUUGAGAGUGUUAAUGGCGACUGGAGGAGGGUACGGAGAUCCAAGCCAGAAGAUAGAUUACGUCUUCAAGGUUGUGCUGAUUGGAGAUUCCGCGGUGGGGAAAUCGCAAAUACUUGCUCGAUUUGCUAGGAAUGAGUUCAGUUUAGACUCUAAGGCUACUAUCGGAGUCGAGUUCCAGACUAGGACCUUGGUAAUCCAGCACAAAAGCGUGAAGGCCCAGAUCUGGGAUACUGCUGGCCAAGAACGAUAUAGAGCAGUCACAAGUGCAUACUAUAGGGGUGCUGUUGGAGCCAUGCUUGUGUAUGACAUAACCAAACGUCAAACCUUCGAUCACAUUCCCCGCUGGCUGGAAGAGCUUCGUAGCCACGCUGACAAAAACAUUGUCAUAAUUCUGAUUGGGAACAAAUGUGACCUUGAGAACCAAAGGGUUGUCCCAACUGAAGAUGCUAAGGAAUUUGCCGAGAAGGAAGGACUAUUCUUUUUAGAGACCUCUGCAUUGGAAUCAACUAAUGUUGAAAGUGCCUUCUUGACUGUGUUGACAGAGAUCUUUAACAUUGUAAACAAGAAAACUCUAACUGGUGGUGAAAAUCAAACAAAUGGGAACCCUGCAUCCUUGGCAGGCAAGAAAAUUAUCAUUCCAGGCCCUGGACAAGAAAUUCCAGCAAAAAACAAGUGUUGUAGCUCAUUGUAAUUUGAUCAGACACAGGUUUCACAAUGUGGGUUUUCUGUUUUAUGCUUCUUAUAGUAGCAAUUUUUGAAAGGUGUGAUGUGCUUUGUAGUAAAAUUUUCAUUGCUGUAGUUUAGCUUGAAUGAGCAGCUGAUUAAUUAAAUGUAUGAAAUUGAGCUGAAUUCUAUGUUCUCUUUU